UUGUUAAGCUCAGACGGUAUUAAUCAAGCUGAUGGUAACGCUGCAACUGUCUGUAAUCAGAUAAAUAGUGUAUUUUAAAUUUGUCAGGUUUUAUCGAAUAGUCUGGUUCAGUUUCCAGUUGUUGUGAAUUUAUGUAGGACAAUAAAAGUAGAAAGAGUUGUGGUUACUCUGUCGUGUGGUAAAAAACAAGAUGACCGCUGCAACUGUCGACGAUCUGCACUCAUGGGUUCAGAAAAUGAUGACUUCUCUAAGCAUUAACGACUACAAGUUAGAUGUUAGUGGAAAUACAACAAAGGGCGAUGGAUAUUUAGGUGAAGUGACGUUUCUGAAAGUACAAACCACGAAAAAUGGUGCGAAGAAAGAUUACGAUUUGGUGAUUAAAUCUGCGAAAAAGAGCGAAGAAUUGAGGAAACAAACGCCAGUUAAAGAAGCGUAUGACAGAGAAACGUUAUUUUAUAGCAAGAUAUUUCCGGUUUUGGACGAAUUCCAGAAGCAGAGAGGAGUCGAGAAGCCUUUUGUUAACGUACCAAAGUGUUACUGUGUGUCUAGCGAAAUCACUAAAGAAGCUGUUAUUUUGCAAAAUCUGAAAACACUGGGUUUUGAUUUACACGACAGAAAGAAGCCUAUGAAUUUAAAGCAUAUUCUUAUGGUCUUCCAAAACUAUGGGCGAUAUCACGCUUUGUCCAUUGCUUAUCGACAUAAAAAACCCGCCGAAUUCAAAAAUUUGACCAAAAAUCUGACAGAUCUCUUCGGACAGUUUAUAAUACAAACCGACAUGUUGGGUGUUUUCACCAAAGAAUUCCAAAAUUUACAGAAAGUGCUAGAAAAAGAUCAACAAACCGAAGCACUGAAAAAGUUCGAAGGGUUUGAAAAAGACUUUGAGAAGAUUCUGAUAAAUUUUACGAAUGAAGACAGUGACCCUUCAGUUCUUACCCACGGUGACUGUUGGAACAACAACUUCAUGUUUAAAUAUGAGGGCAACGAUAGGACGAAGCCGGUUGAUAUGUGCUUCCUGGACUUCCAAAUCGUCCGAGUAGCGUCACCAAUUAUGGAUUUGUCCUAUUUCUUGUACUGUUGCUCAGAUCAGCAAGUUCUGAAAGAUUUUGAUUUCAUUCUUCAAGCUUAUCAUUCUAGCUUGACUGAUUUUUUGAGUGAGCUUGGAUGUGAACCCGAGGUGGCUUUUUCCUUUAAAAAACUUAAAGAGCAGUGGAAAGAGCACGGAAAGUAUGGGUUAGUAUUGGCUCUCUUUUUGCUUAAGAUAUCUUUGUGUGAUUCUAAUGAGGCUCCGGAUUUGAUGGAAACCGCCGAAAAUGGUGAAAAUUUUGCAGAUUCGUUGAAAGUGGAUAUUCAGAACAUAGAUGUUUAUAACGAGAGAAUUAAAAACGUUUAUUUGCAUUUCGCGGAAAAGUUUUUGUGACAUGAAACAUAUUUUUCUAAAGCAGAUUUCAUUAGCAGAUAGCAAAAUGGUAAAAUACACUGGUACUAGUUAGAACUGUGGAAAAACAGAAUUUAAUCUGCACACAUAUUGUGCUUAGUUGGAAUAAUUUAACAGUUGUUUAAGAGUAUCAAACU